ACCGUGGAAUGAAUGUGGGGAUCUUGGAUAUUUUUGGGUUUGAGAAUUUUCAGAGAAAUUCCUUUGAGCAGCUCUGCAUAAACAUCGCCAAUGAGCAAAUCCAGUACUAUUUCAAUCAGCACGUGUUUGCUCUUGAGCAGAUGGAGUAUCAGAAUGAGGGGAUCGACACCAUCCCUGUGGAGUACGACGACAAUCGCCCACUCCUGGACAUGUUCCUCCAGAAACCCCUGGGCCUGCUUGCACUUUUGGAUGAGGAAAGUCGGUUUCCCCAAGCAACAAACCAGACCCUGGUUGGUAUUAUAUGACGCUUCUGGGGUUCUUGAGAAAAACAGAGACACCCUCCCUGCUGAUGUGGUUGUAGUCCUACGAACAUCAGAAAACAAGCUUCUUCAACAACUCUUCUCAAUCCCUUUGACCAAAACAGGUAAUUUGGCCCAGGCAAAAACCAGGAUAUCAACAGCCUCCAGAUCUUUGCCUCCACAUUUCAGUGCUGCGAAAGCCAAGGUGGACACCCUGGAGGUGAUACGGCACCCAGAAGAAACCACCAACAUGAAGAGGCAAACCAUGGCUUCUUACUUCCGGUAUUCUCUGAUGGACCUGCUCUCCAAAAUGGUGGUUGGACAGCCUCACUUUGUGCGUUGCAUUAAACCCAAUGAUGACCGAGAGGCCCUGCAGUUCUGCCGAGAGAGAGUCCUGGUCCAACUCCGCUCCACGGGCAUCCUGGAGACUGUCAACAUCCGCCGGCAGGGCUAUUCCCACCGCAUCCUCUUUGAAGAGUUCGUGAAAAGGUAUUACUACUUGGCAUUCAAAGCACAUCAAACACCUCCUGCUAGCAAAGAGAGCUGUGUCGCUAUCUUGGAAAAGUCCAGAUUAGAUCACUGGGUGCUGGGGAAAACAAAGGUUUUCCUCAAGUAUUACCAUGUUGAGCAAUUAAAUUUACUACUUCGAGAAGUCAUGGGCAGAGUAGUUGUGCUGCAGGCAUACACCAAGGGGUGGCUUGGAGCCAGGAGAUACAAAAGAGUCAGAGAGAAGAGAGAGAAGGCGGCCAUUGCCAUCCAGUCAGCCUGGAGAGGAUAUGAUGCUCGGAGGAAAUUUAAGAAAAUAAGCAACAGAAGGAGUGAGUCUGCUGUUCAUAUUCAAGCAGUUCUGAAAGCCUCUACUGACCAGAAAAGCUGCCCAGAAGCUGAAGCCAACAAUGGUCAAGCUGAAACUUCAAGCACCUUUCCUGCCAUCACUGAGAAAAAUCGGCAUUUACAAGCCCAGAGUUCUCUGAGAGGGUGUGAUGCCUUCGCGGGACAUGCAAAUAAGCACUCACUUGCCAGGACUGUUGCACCAUCUUCUCAGACAGGACAUGCUGGCCCAGGUCACCAAGGACUGAGCCCUCAGGAAGCCCUUCAUAAACCUGAUUCAGAAGAUGGUCUUGCACAGAAGCAGCGGACACCUCGCCGACGAUGUCAGCAGCCCAAAAUGUUGAGUAGCCCUGAGGACACCAUGUACUAUAACCAGUUAAAUGGAACUCUAGAAUAUCAAGGGAGCAAGAGGAAGCCAAGAAAACUUGGCCAAAUCAAAGUGCUGGAUGGGGAAGAUGAAUAUUACAAAUCUCUCUCCCCUGUAGCCUGUCUCCCUGAGGAGGGCAACACAGCCCACCCUUUCUUUUUUAACUCGUCCUCAAAAGGAGAUUCUUUUGCUCGACAUUGAGUUAUGCUUCCUGACCUCGAGUCUGUCCAAGGUGAGAACAAUCGUGGUAACUGACUGAUGGUCAUUGAACAGGAAGGCACUAUUACGCAGUCAGCAUCUUUGGACUCAUGGCCUGUGCCUGAGCCUUGCUAAACAAUUUGCAGACCCUAGAUACGGCUCCUAUUUCUACCAGUCUCCCGCAACUGUUGUUUAUCCUGGGGUGGGCAGU